UGAUAGCAAGGAAUACGAUAUGUCAAAUUUUUCAAUCGUUUUACUCGUUAAUAAUUUAUUUAUUUAAUUUUAUUUGGUUCUAAAACUCAGUUACCCAGAAAUUUAACUUAAUUUCCUUUUAAAAGGUGUAGUCCAUCAGCCCUACAAAUCAUUAUUUGGUGAAAUACCUAUUUCCGAUUUCAAAAUAGUUUCUUAACCCUCCAAAUGAUUAAACAAUGUGUUUAAACUUUCUUUGAGUAACACCUUACUCUGGCAUGUUGCAAUUGUCAAGUCUUCUUUACACUCGCAAUGUGAAAAUCGUGGUUGUUGGUGUACGUAAACACUGAAGAAGCUAGUUAAAAUGUUGGGGGUAGCAAGGUCUAUUUUUGUUCGGCCUGAAAGUAACAGUUUCGAGUAAACUAGAUACCCAACUCGAAUAGUUCGUACGAAUGUUAGCAGCCUUGAGAGAACCUUCCAGAAAAGCUGUAGGUUUCGGAGGAUACCAUCUAUAACAGAGUAGUACUGGUUUGUGGUGCUAGAAUAUAUCAAGUGUAUUUUAUGUAACGUAUAAUGUGUCAUAAUGAGCCAAGGAAUAUUGACGUUGAACCUUGCCCGGGAUGGAGCCAGUAUGCCGUGGGGAUUCCGCCUUCAAGGAGGAAGUGAUCUUGGCCAACCCCUGACCAUUCAAAGGGUUUUUCUUGGAAGCCCAUCAGAAGGCGAACUCCACAGAGGUGACAUCAUCAUGAGAAUUGGGGAUCGAGACUCUAAUAGGCUAACUCACCAAGAGGCUCAUGACGUAAUUGUCAGAUCUGGCAAUAAUUUGAAACUUGUUGUUAAAAG